AUGGACCAACGCAGUGAUGUUUUUGAGCCAAUAAAAUAUUUAAUAAUAUUUGUUUCUAAGACUUUGAUUGGACAGAAACAAAGCAGAUUCGAAGGUUAUUUGCAACAUGAUGCUGAAGAAUUCAUGGAAUUUUUGCUAGAUGGCUUACACGAAGAUUUAAACAGAGUGGUCAACAAACCUUACAUUAUGGAACUUGAAGAUGUUUCAAUUCUGGAUCAUAAAUGUAGUGAUAACAACCACCACAACUACAGUCGCUGCAACAACCAGUUAUUUCAACAACAGCUCCAACACAAUAGUGUCGUGGUUUCAGUUAUUUCAACAACAACUCCAACACAACAGUGUAGUGAUAACAACCACCACAACUACAGCAGCUACAACAACUCUUAUCCAGCAACAUCGUGGCGUCAGUUAUUCCAACAACAACACUCGCACAACAACGUGACAGUCUAUACCGUAGUAAUAAAGCACUCUUUUGAUAGAAGCCGUAAAGAACCUGUUACAUUUGGUGGCAGCGGUGGGAUUCACACUAAAAGAAAGAAAAGUGUGAAACGGCGCAGGAGCAAAGUGAGUGAGAUGGCUCACAAUUUAAGGUCCAAGGACAAGGGCACGAAGGACGGUGAGGAGGAGGAGACGUUGGAUCCUGUGCGGGCCACCCAGAUCCGGAUCAUGUUAGAAGCAGCUGAAGAUGAGAGGAGAAUAAGACGUGAAGCAGCUAAAAGGGAGGAACAACGCGCAGAAAGGGAGGAGCAACGCGCAGAUGAGGAUAGAAGGCUACGGAGGGAAGCUGACAUACAAUUAAAAAUUAAUAAUCGUAAUAGUCAACAGGAAGACCGGGUUAACAUGGGCAACAGAUUUGGCCCCAUGUUAGGAAGAUGCCCAACUGACCCUCGGGAGAUCUCCGCAUAUUUUCAACGGAUUGAAGGCAUAUUUGAAAGUUAUAGAAUCAGUGAUGAGGCCAAGGCUGAACUGUUGUUAUCCAGACUGGAGCCGAAGAUGAAAACUAUAUUGAAUGAACUUCGGACCGAAGAUUAUACAAAUUAUGAAGCUAUAAAGCAGCAAAUCAUUCGCUCUUGCCGAUUUUGUCCGAAGAAGCUCCGGGAUGCAUUCUUUUCAACCUAUAAGGCAAAGGAGGAAACAUACCCAGCAUUUGUUGCACAAUUGUAUCGCCAUCUCAAAUUCUAUUUCCAGAGUCGGAAAAUUGAAACCCUUGAACAAGCCAUGUCCUUGUGGGUUGUGGACCGUUUAAAGGAGAUAAUACCAAAAAAUUUGGUAGAGUACAUACUGGCUCAGGAGGGUGACGAGUGGUUACCACAUGAUAAAGUAGCAAACCUGUUGGAGACUUAUGAAGCGAAUAUGAAUAUGAGGGGAUCGACCAACUCUAUUUCUAGUUUCCGAACACAGUCUGGUCAUGCUCAUUUAGGAAGUGACAGUAAAGGGUUUGUAAGGGAUGAGAGGAGGGGUCCAUCGAUGAAGCCAAAUUGUUUUACCUGUGGUAGUACUGGCCAUCUGGCCAAACAUUGCACAAAAAAGUCUAACUAUACGACACCGGCCAAGAGGGUGAUGAAUUGUCAGAUUACCCCCGGAAUGCACAGCAAACAGCUCGGGUUGACUGAGGCCAUGCGAGUAGAGAAAUAUUUUGAGAGGCCAUAUGUCAAGGUAAAAAUUCAACCCGGUCCAGUGUGCGAGGCUUUGGUGGACAGCGGUGCUGAGGUAUGUGGGAUUUCACAGAAGUUAUGCCAGGAGUUGAAUCUACCCAGUUUGGGAACUGAAAGGAUCAAGGGAUGGAAUGGACAGGUGGCUGAGGUGGAUGCCACAUGGGUAACGUUGACUCAGGGGGACAAGGCUGCUACCCCUGGCGUCCGGGUGUGGUGUGCCGUGGUGCCAAAUGCUAGUGAACCACUAAUUAUUAAUCCAGGAGUGGUAGAACAGUUAAAGUUGGUAACGCCUUAUGUAGUACCUGCUGCAGGGGUGCUGUCUGCCAGUGGUUCAUUGGUCAAUUUAGGGACCUUUUACAAUGUUGACGCCCCCCAUGGGCAGUGUCACGAGAGAUACAAUAAAAUUCAGAACCGUGACGUUGAUGACGAGAAAGAUGAUGAAGCUUGUGAAUUUAAUAAUUGUAAAUUAGAUGGCAGUGUAAUAAUAAAUAAAAUUCAGAACCGUGACGUUGAUGACGAGAAAGAUGAUGAAGCUUGUGAAUUUAAUAAUUGUAAAUUAGAUGGCAGUGUAAUAAUAAAUAAAAUUCAGAACCGUGACGUUGAUGACGAGAAAGAUGAUGAAGUUUGUGAAUUUAAUAAUUGUAAAUUAGAUGGCAGUGUAAUAAUAAAUAAAAUUCAGAACCGUGACGUUGAUGACGAGAAAGAUGAUGAAGUUUGUGAAUUUAAUAAUUGUAAAUUAGAUGGCAGUGUAAUAAUAAAUAAAAUUCAGAACCGUGACGUUGAUGACGAGAAAGAUGAUGAAGUUUGUGAAUUUAAUAAUUGUAAAUUAGAUGGCAGUGUAAUUACAGAUAAAAUUCAGAACCGUGACGUUGAUGACGAGAAAGAUGAUGAAGUUUGUGAAUUUAAUAAUUGUAAAAUAGAUGACAGUGUAGUUGUGGAUGGAGUUCCUAAUCGAGAUGUUGAUGAGGAGAAAGACGAUGAAGGUAGUGAAAAGAGUUGCAAGGUUAUGAUCAAGGAUACAGGUAGAGCUGAUAUUAGUCAGGAGAAGAAGGAUUCCGCAGUGAAUAAAAUUAAUAAAUAUAAAUUUGAACUUGGUGAAGUUGGUAGUUCCGGUAUUGGGCUUGUGGACAGAUCAAAUAUUGUCGGUUGGGAUGUAAACUAUGUUGUGAGAGUGGCUGAAAUGACAAUCGACGGGGUGGAUGAAACUAAUAAGGUUUUGACAAAAUCAAGGGAAGGUGUUAGAGAAUCACCACGAAAUUUGGAUGGAAUUGGUAAUAGCGAGAAGCAAAAGGUUGUUGAACAUUUGGACGAUGUCGAUGAGGAGGAAACCGAUGGUCAGUUGAACCGUGGAAAAAAGAAAAAGGCAGACGAACAUAAACUCGACUUAGACGAGGAAGAGGAACACGUCGAUGAUGAUGUGGGGGGAGGAUGUGUGACUGAGAAGAAGAAAUUUUGCCAAGAACAACACCAAUGUCAAACGCUUACGAGGUGUUGGGAAUGGGCAAAGACAAGAAAAAAGAAUUUUUUGUUGAAGAUGAGUUAUUUCAACAACAGCUCCAACACAAUAGUGUCGUGGUUUCAGUUAUUUCAACAACAACUCCAACACAACAGUGUAGUGAUAACAACCACCACAACUACAGCAGCUACAACAACUCUUAUCCAGCAACAUCGUGGCGUCAGUUAUUCCAACAACAACACUCGCACAACAACGUGA